AUGACACCUGUCACGCCGUCCAAGACCAUCUCGCUGAGCAAGAACGAUGCCGCUCUCGCUACCGCUUUUGUCAAGAAUAUCUCUUCCACCACUGUCGACUGGACAGCUGUCGCUACUGCUGCGGGUCUCAGCACCGCCAAGUAUGCCCGCGAUCGAUGGGCCAUCGUCAAAGCCAAACUGAUGAACUCUGACGUCUCAACCUUGAGCGAAGCUGAUGCGAAGCUCUUCGUUGCGAUCAUCAGGGGUCUGAAGGUUGUCGAUUGGGCCACAGUCGCCAAAGAUGCCGGCUUGAGCACGCCCAAAUACGCCCGAGAUCGCUGGGCGAUCGUGAUCAAGAAGCUCACUGGCGAGAAGCCCACCCCACGAUCGAAGCUCACUGGCGGCAAGUCCACUCCACGAUCGAAGCAGACCAAGUCGAGCCCCAAACGCGUCUUUGCUGGUCCUGACGAUGUCAAUGACACACCGAUGGGUACACCUACCCCCAAGGAAAAGCCCAAUCAGGGCAAGAAGCGCAAAGCAGAGGAGCCGAUUCCAGUAAAUUAUGAUGGCGCUGACGUCAACGUGUUCCAAACUCCCACCAAAUCGGCCUCUGCCUCGCGCAAGGGAAAAGGCAAAGCCAUCUCCACCAUCUCUUCGCCAACAAAGGCCAAGUCAGGACCAUCGGUCCGCGAGCAAGCCACGCAUCGUCUGCCCAACGAAGUUCUGGGCGAAGACGUCUUCUUCGGCUUCGAUGACCACGAGGGCAUUGAGCACACGUAUUAG